AGGCGAGGCACGCGGGGGUUCCCGAGCCUGGCUCCGCGCCAGGCCUGCGCCCUUCGGCCCUGGGGUCACGGGGGCGGCCGCGCCCGGGAGCGGGAGGCUAGCGCGCGGGGCCGGGCGGCUCAGCAGGCGCAGCCAUGGGCUCCCUCGGCUCCCACGCCGCGCGCAUCCCCGACGCGGACAGCAUCCGGCGGGAAACCGGCUUCUCGCAGGCCAGUCUGCUCCGCCUCUACCACCGGUUUCGGGCACUGGACAGGAACAAGAAGGGCUACCUGAGCCGCAUGGAUCUGCAGCAGAUUGGGGCUCUGGCCGUGAACCCCCUGGGAGAACGCAUUAUAGACAGCUUCUUCCCUGAUGGGAAUCUGCGUCUGGAUUUCCCAGGCUUUGUCAGAGUCCUGGCUCAUUUUCGCCCCAUCGAUGAUGAGGACCCAGGAAUUCGAGACCCCAAGGAACCUGAACCCCUCAACAGCAGAAUGAACAAACUUCGCUUCGCAUUUCAGCUCUAUGACCUGGACCGGGACGGAAAGAUCUCCCGGCACGAGAUGCUACAGGUCCUCCGGCUGAUGGUUGGGGUGCAGGUGACAGAAGAGCAGUUGGAGAGCAUCGCCGAUCGCACGGUGCAGGAAGCAGAUGAAGAUGGAGAUGGGGCCGUGUCCUUCCUGGAGUUCACCAAGUCCUUGGAGAAGAUGGACAUCGAACAGAAAAUGAGCAUACGGAUCCUGAAGUGACCCCCUUUGUGCCUUUGGCUGCCUUACACAGACCAGUUCAGCCCGGGAUUUGUCUUCAGCCCCUGCAGAGGCAGGGCCCCAGUAAACUAUAUUCUUGUGUCUAAGCUAAACUCUCUUUGGGGCCAAGGAAGGCAAGCUGGAAGCGUGUGUACCAAAUAAAGUCUAGCUCAUUUGAUGUCA